UCUUUUCGGUUUGGGGAGCUGUGUAUCUAAAUUUUUAGUUUCUCAAAAAUCUGGCUAGGUGAAGGCACAAAAAUAAGUUGAAAACAGGACACCCCGACACGAAUACACUUUUACACGACCCAACGGACACACACGAAGACUAACCACACAGACAGACAUUAUGGUACAGCAGAGACUCGAUUCGACGGACAGUGGUCUGCAGAGUGGCUCCCCCAGCGAGGUGCCCUCGGCCUGCAACCCGGAGGAGGACGGGGACCCUGAUCUGUGCGCCUUUUGCCUGGACCGCAUCCGGGAUCCGGAGAAGCUGCACUGCAACCACGCCUUCUGCAGACGCUGUCUCGAGAUGUACCUAGAGGCCCGCAACUGGGUGGCCGAGCGCUGUCCCAUCUGCCGGAGGAGCCUGGUGCACCACGUGACCAAGGAGUUCAAUGACGACUGGCGCCUGUUUGGGUUCAUGAUGGUGCUGCUGAUGCUGCUCAGUCUGGGCCCGUUUUACUUGCUGCUGCUCUACUGGUGAACUUCCUUCCCGCCGGAGCAGCACCUGAUUUACCAAAAUAUGUAUAUUUGUACUUAGAUAGACGCACGAGAGAUAUAUGCAAACUUGUCAGUGGAUUUUAAUUAAACCCGAAAGCCAUAAAAUGCGA